AUGGCUACACAUUUCAUUCAUUCUUCCAUACUAACCCUAUUUCUGUCUUCCUUCUUCACCUUUUCUAUGGCUUUCACACCUCAAGACAAUUUCCUUAUUAACUGCGGUUCAAACACAAACGCCAUGGUCGCCGGCAGAGAGUUCGUCGGGGAUUCGAUCAAACCCGGCUCCGGUUUUCUAUCUUCUGGCAAAUCAAUCACUCUCGCAAUCCCAAAUCCGAAUCGGAAUUCGUCGGAGCUUUACGCCACUGCGAGGGUUUUCAACAGUGUGUCGAGUUAUGGAUUUAACAUCAAUGAAACUGGAACCCAUUUGGUACGUUUCCACUUUUCUCCCCUCGAUUCUCAGAAUUAUAAGCUGAGCAGUUCGAAUUUCAGUGUUUCUGCAAAUGGGUUUUUGAUUUUGAACAACUUUCGUGCUGAAUUCACUGUUGUUAAGGAGUUCAUACUCAUGGUAGAUAAGAUUCGUCUCGAAAUAACAUUUGAUCCUCUUGGGAAAUCUGGGUUUGCGUUUGUGAACGCAAUCGAAGUGUUCUCUGCUCCAAAUGAUCUUAUUGUUGAUGGUGGAGCUAAAUCGGUUGGUGUUGAUGGAAUUCAAGAAUUCAAGAAUCUUGCUUCACAGAUUCUAGAAACUGUUCAUAGAAUCAACGUAGGAGGUUCGAGAUUAACACCAUUUAACGAUACCCUUUGGAGAACUUGGAUCCCUGAUGAAGAAUUUUUAUCUAUAAAAUCAUCUGCAAAAAUCGCAACCACCACUCAAUCCCCAAAUUAUCAAAAGGGUGGUGCUACGAAAGAAGUUGCUCCAUAUAAUGUUUAUAUGACUGCCCAAGAGAUGAACAGAGAUAAUGUGACUCUAAAUUCGUUUUUCAAUCUAACAUGGGGUUUUCCGAUUGAUUCAGGAAAUGGUGUUCGAUAUUUUGUUCGAUUACAUUUUUGCGAUAUCGUUAGUUUUUCGCUAAAUCAGUUGUACUUUAAUGUGUACAUCAAUGGGUUCUUGGCUUACAAAGAUCUUGAUCUUUCUGUGCUUUCGUUUCAUGUUCUUGCAUCGCCUUUCUAUGCCGAUUUUGUUGUUGAUUCCGAUAGUUCCGGGGUUCUGCAAAUCAGUGUUGGCCCUUCUGAUCUGAGUACUAGUUUGAAAAAGAAUGCGAUAUUGAAUGGUGUCGAAAUCAUGAAGAUAGUGAAUCCUGUUGGUCGGAAAUCUUGGCCGAAAAAGAAGAACAUUUGGGUUUUGAUCUGUUUGAUCUUAGGAAGCUUGAUUGUUGUUAGUUGUGCUGUGUUAGCAAUCUUGAUUCUUUUCAGGAAGAAGACUAGAAGAAAGACGAGAAGAGCGGAAAGCAACGGUUGGACACCGUUACGUGUUUAUGGAGGGAGUUCACAUAGUAAACUUUCCGAAGGAACACAUAAUGUCGGAAAAUUGAAGAUCCCGUUCGUUGAUUUACAAUCUGGAACGAAUAAUUUCGACAAAGAUCUGAUAAUUGGUUCAGGAGGAUUUGGUAUGGUCUACAAAGCCGUUCUUCGCGACAACUUUAAAGUUGCGGUCAAACGAGGUGUCCCUGGUUCUCGACAAGGGCUCCCGGAAUUCCAUACCGAAAUUACUAUUUUGUCCAAGAUCCGACACCGACAUCUUGUUUCUUUGGUCGGUUUUUGUGAAGAACAGUCGGAAAUGAUCCUUGUAUAUGAGUAUAUGGAAAAAGGACCUUUGAAGAAUCAUUUAUACGGAUCGAAUUUACCGCCAUUAUCGUGGAAGCAACGACUUGAAAUAUGUGUUGGGGCUGCACGCGGGCUUCACUAUCUUCAUACCGGCUCGGCCCAAGGUAUAAUUCACCGGGACGUUAAGUCGACCAAUAUAUUGCUUGAUGAAACUUAUCUCGCCAAGGUGGCGGAUUUCGGGCUAUCACGGUCGGGUCCGUGUUUGAGUGAGACCCAUGUGAGCACUGGCGUGAAGGGUAGUUUCGGGUAUUUAGAUCCUGAAUACUUUCGAAGACAACAACUUACUGAUAAAUCGGAUGUUUAUUCUUUUGGGGUCGUUCUUUUUGAAGUGCUAUGUGCUCGGCCUGCUGUCGACCCAUUGCUGGGCCGGGAGGAGGUCAACUUAGGCGAGUGGGCGGUUCAGUGGCAGAGGAAGGGGUUGCUUAAGAAGAUCAUAGAUCCACGGAUCGCUGACCAAAUAAAACCGGAGUCGUUGAAAACAUAUGGGGACACGGCCGAGAAAUGUUUGGCGGAUUAUGGUGUCGAUAGACCAACUAUGGGUGAUGUAUUGUGGAACUUGGAAUAUGCACUUCAGCUUCAAGAGACGGAAACCGUGGGUGCAACCAGCAGCAACCACACUGGUGCACCGGAGAUUGCAGCCGGUGGUGGGUCUAGCAACGUUGAUGGUUCGGUUUCGGGCAUUAGAACGAGCCAAGUUUUUUCUCAGUUGAUGACCAAUGAUGGUCGGUAACCGAUGGUCCAUUUGUUUGGGUCAUUUGAAGUGUGUUCGUUUAGUGGUAACCGAUAGUCCAUAAAUUUUACAGGGAUGUAUGCAUUCUGAUGAAAGUUUCUGGUUAUGAUGAAA